GAGCGACUCAAAUCGCAACACAUGGAAAUGGAAACCAAGCCAAGAGAGAAACCAGACUCAACGAGGUGGGCCUCGAACGCGUGGGCACUCCUCUGCGCAAUCCGAAGCCAAUCACCGCUCAUCCAAUGCAUCACCAACUUCGUCUCCAUGGAUCUGAUGGCCAACACGCUCCUAUCCGCGGGAGCAUCGCCGGCGAUGAUCCACUCCGUGGAGGAGAUCCCGGACUUCACCCCUCACACCCACGCGCUCUGCGUAAACGUGGGCACACUCUCCCCCAACUGGCUACCGGCCAUGAAGGCUGCCGCCGAGUUGGCGUGUAAGUCCGGCAAGCCGUGGGUUCUUGAUCCCGUUGCUGCCGGAGCUUCCGGUUUCCGGUUAAGGGCUUGCUUGGAGCUUGUGGAGCUUAAGCCUUGCGUUAUCCGAGGAAAUGCCUCCGAGAUCAUCGCGCUCUCCAAGGCUUCUGUCGGACCCACUAAGGGUGUAGACAGUUCUCACGAGUCAAUUGAUGCAGUGGAAGCUGCAAAGUCGUUGGCUCAAGCAAGUGGUGCCAUAGUUGCAGUGUCUGGAGCUGUUGACAUUGUUACAGAUGGGGAGAGAGUUGUAGGUGCUCACAAUGGGGUGCCCAUGAUGCAAAGAAUUACAGCAACAGGAUGUUCAGUCACUGCCCUCAUUGCUGCCUUUGUUGCUGUUGAUCCUGUAAAUGCUUUUGAAGCAACAGCUUCGGCCUUAUCCAUAUUUGGGGUUGCCGGUGAGAUGGGAAUGAACAUGGCCAAGGGUCCGGCCACAUUGCGAAUGCACUUGAUAGAUUCGCUCUAUGGGCUUGAUGAGGCUGAUGUUCUUUCUCGCGUUAACAUAACCAGCUUGUCACGGUAGAUGGGGGAGCCGUAAAUAUGGUAUGUUGACUAUCACUAGACCUGAUAGACGAGUGUAUAGCGCCCAUAUUUGUAAUUGGUCAGUGUGUUUGCUGCUACACAUUUUUGUUUGGAAAUAGAGCUGCUGAAUUAGUUUUGUUUCAUGAGAAUUGUAGGCAGCUUUGGUGGAGCUCAAGUCUUUGUUCUUCAUUACUCAACAACUAUACUUGUUUUUCCUUGAUGCUUAGUUAUCAUGAUUAUACUUCAUGCGUACCUGCGGCGUGUUGCACUUUUAA